AGACCAGGGCUCGAACCCGUGUUCCCUGCAUUGGCAGGCAGAUUCAUAACCACUGCGCCACCAGGGAAGUCCCCACCUUUCAUUUCUGAGUGGUGACUUUGGUGGAAUGGAUACAGAAGGGACCGGGUGGACAGAGCCAAGUCUUCCCUGCAGACCUCUUUUCAGAGCUUUGGGAAAAGCCUUCCUCCAGCCUGGGGUCUCUCUUUCUUCACCAGUCGUUCCCUCCUUGCAGCCUGUUUUCCACUCCCCUGGCCUGCUUGCCCUAUCUAACAGCCUGAGCUGAUGAACACCCACAGAUACCUUGGAGGUUCUCUCUUUAAAUCCCUUAUUUUACAGAAACUGAGGCCCUGAGGUGUACUCACUCCUGGCCCAGAAGCCUUUGUGCCAAAGCAAGCUCAGAGGCUGAGGGAGCCCCGCAUGAGGCGGUGGAGCCUGAUGAUUAGGAGCGGGGUCUUCAGAGCCCCACACACCCUUGUCCAGACCCAGCUCAGCCACAUACUGGCUGCAUGACCUGGACACGUUACAUACGUAGUGUCUCUGAAAUCUGUUUCCUCAUCUUUAAAUGUGUGUCAUAAACUUAACUUCAGUCGUUGUGAAGAUGAGAAUAAUGCAUGUUAAGUACAGAAUGAGGCAUGUGGUAGGUACUUCCAUGGUGCCUAUUUUUAUUAGCGUCUCUUCUUCUAGCCUUUCCACCUAAAACGCCCCACUGCUGCCACCUGUCAGGGGAGCCAGAGUGAGCACCGAUGAAGGAUUGAGUCUUAUUCUCAAGGCUGAGUCAGUUCCCCUAGUUUCCCAAAACCCAAUCUACUGAGGAGAAGUUUAAGGAUAGGACCACUGGGGUCCCUUGGACCUGUGUUUUCAACUAGCUUGGGGUCCAGUGGCUGCUGACAGUGGAUUAUAACAGAGGAAGAUUCCUUCCGUUCCAUGUUUCCUGGAUCCUCUUACCCCCUCAUUUGGCGGGUUCCCCAGGCCUUGGUGUUUGCCCCUCUCUCCCUGGCCAUCUCCGUGAGCAUUCUCUCCCCUGGGGAAUGGAGCCCAUCACAAGGCUUCAGCUGUGCCCCACCUCUCGAGUCUGCUUCUCAUUCCUGCAUCUCAGCAGAGCUCUGGACCUGACUUCCUCCCAUAUGCAUAUUUGUAGCCCUGGACACUUCCACUUAGAUGAGUAUUUCCAAGAAAUAACAAUCUACUUUCCAUCCAGCCUCCACUUUCUGCAUCCCUAUUUCUUUUAUGGGCACCAUUAUUUUUCCAGUCACCCAGGCUUGAAACCCCAGGGUUGUCCUUGACCCUUCCUUCCCCUCCAAUGUAGAUUCCAUAAGUCUUGAAUUGAGUAUAAUCCAGCAAGUGGUUAAGCCUGCAUAUUCCUCUACCUGUCCUUCCCCAGCGACACCACCCUUAUUCACGUGUGGCUCACCUCUUUCCUGGUUUACAGCAAUGGCCUGUUCAUUCUUCUGCAUCCAUCUGCUAUACACUGGUCUUCUGAGAGCAUUGUUUUCAUCACAUUAAUCCUUGCCACAGAAUCUUUCAGUGGCUUUCCAUUUUCUGCAGGAUAAAAUCUAGAUUCUUGGCCUGGCUGGCACUCAAGGCUGUCCAUAAUCUCUCGUGCAGCUCUGCCCACCCUGCCUUUGCUCCCGUGUCGUCCUUGCAGACCUUCUCUCCAGCCGGCCAGGCACCUUCACUGACCUGAGAAUCAGCCAUACUCAUUCCUGAUAUUUCCUCCUGAUGGCUGACUCUCAACCACUCCUCUCCCUUGAUGGGGACGCCGCGGCUGCAGAAGCCUUGCUCCGGGACGUGUUUGGGAUUGUGGUGGAUGAGGUCAUUCGGAAAGGGACCAGUGCCUCCGAGAAGGUCUGCGAGUGGAGGGAGCCAGAGGAGCUGAAGCAGCUUCUGGAUUUGGAGCUGCGGAAUGAGGGGGAGUCACAGGAGCAGAUCCUGGAGCGCUGCCGGGCUGUGAUCCGCUACAGUGUGAAGACCUGUCACCCUCGUUUCUUCAACCAGCUCUUCUCAGGGUUGGACCCUCAUGCCCUGGCCGGGCGCAUUGUCACUGAGAGCCUCAACACCAGCCAGUACACAUAUGAGAUCGCCCCCGUGUUUGUCCUCAUGGAAGAAGAGGUGUUGAAGAAACUCCGGGCCCUGGUGGGCUGGAGCUCUGGGGACGGCGUCUUCUGCCCUGGUGGCUCCAUCUCCAACAUGUAUGCUGUGAACCUGGCCCGCUAUCAGCGCUACCCGGAUUGCAAACAGAGGGGCCUCUGGGCACUGCCGCCCCUGGCCCUUUUCACAUCAGAGGAGUGUCAUUACUCUGUCAAGAAAGGAGCUGCUUUUCUGGGACUUGGCACCGACAGUGUCCGAAUGGUCAAGGCAGAUGAGAGAGGGAAAAUGAUCCCUGAGGAUCUGGAGAGGCAGAUCGGUCUGGCUGAGGCCGAGGGUGCUGUGCCAUUCCUGGUCAGUGUCACCUCUGGCACUACCGUGCUGGGGGCCUUUGACCCUCUGGAGGCAGUUGCAGAUGUGUGCCAGCGUCAUGGACUGUGGCUGCACGUGGAUGCCGCCUGGGGAGGGAGUGUCCUGCUGUCACAGACACAUAGACAUCUCCUGAAUGGGAUCCAGAGGGCUGACUCCGUGGCCUGGAAUCCCCACAAGCUCCUCUCCGCAGGCCUGCAGUGCUCAGCUCUUCUUCUCCGGGACACCUCGAACCUGCUCAAGCGCUGCCACGGGUCCCAGGCCAGCUACCUGUUCCAGCAGGACAAGUUCUACGAUGUGGCUCUGGACACUGGAGACAAGGUGGUGCAGUGUGGCCGCCGCGUGGACUGUCUGAAGCUGUGGCUCAUGUGGAAGGCACAGGGCGGGCAGGGGCUGGAGCGGCGUGUGGACCAGGCCUUUGCCCUUGCCCGGUACCUGGUGGAGGAAUUGAAGAAGCGGGAAACUUUUGAGUUGGUCAUGGAGCCUGAAUUUGUCAACGUGUGUUUCUGGUUCGUGCCCCCCAGUCUGCGGGAGAAGAAGGGGAGUCCGGAUUACGGUGAAAGGCUGGCUACGGUGGCCCCAAUCCUCAAGGAGCGCAUGGUGAGGAAGGGCUCCAUGAUGAUUGGCUACCAGCCCCAUGGUACCCGGGGCAACUUCUUCCGCAUGGUCGUGGCCAACCCUGCGCUGACGCGGGCAGAUAUGGACUUCCUGCUGAAUGAACUGGAACGGCUGGGCCAGGACCUCUGAGCCGCUCCUUCUCUGCUGGCCUGGACCCCUCCCCCAACCCUUACCAUCUCCCUGUAUCCCCUCCCCGUGUUCUCAAGAACAACCUCUCCAGGAAACAAAGCUGUCUUAAUUUUUAUGUGCUUUGACCCACUAACUCUCCUUUAAGUAUUUGAUAUUAAGAGAAUGUUUAAAUAAAUGAUAGUAUAUCCAUAUGAUGGAAUAUUACUCUGCCAUUAAAAUUAUGUUUACAAAGAGGA